AUGGCUUCUAUGGUUGCCGCCGCGCGCCUCGCCGGCGGGGUCUCGCGGCUGUCGGCUCAGGGUUCUACUGCCCGGGGCCUUCCGCCCGGUAGCCUCCGGCUUCCCCCGCCGCGCCGGCGUCUGCGCAGCGUCCGGUGCUGCGUGGUUCGCCAUCCCGGCGGCGGCGGCGGCGGCGGCAGCGUGGACGCGGGGGAGGAGUUCGUCGGGUUCUUCCGGGAGGCGUGGCCGUACAUACGGGGCCAUCGUGGGAGCACCUUCGUGGUCGUUAUAUCCAGCGAGGUUGUGUCGGGGCCACACUUGGACCGCAUUUUGCAGGAUAUUUCACUACUUCAUGGUCUUGGCAUUAACUUUGUUCUUGUUCCGGGAACACAUGUCCAGAUUGACAAACUAUUGUCAGAAAGAGGAAGGAAGGCUAAGUAUGUUGGUCAGUACCGAGUUACCGAUUCUGAUUCACUAGAAGCUGCAAUGGAGGCAGCUGGCAGAAUAAGGUUAACAAUAGAAGCAAAACUCUCUCCUGGCCCUCCAAUGUUAAACCUCCGUAGACAUGGUGUUAUUGGCCAUUGGAAUGGUCUUGUGGAUAAUGUUGCAAGUGGCAAUUUCCUUGGUGCUAAGAGAAGAGGGGUAGUUCAUGGUGUUGAUUACGGAUUUACUGGUGAAGUUAAGAAAAUAGAUGUUUCACGGAUAAAAGAAAGGCUUGAUAGUGAUAGCAUUGUUGUUGUGAGCAAUAUGGGAUACUCAAGCUCAGGAGAAGUUCUAAAUUGCAACACUUACGAAGUAGCCACUGCAUGUGCCUUAGCCAUAGAGGCGGAUAAACUUAUCUGCGUUGUGGACGGUCAGAUAUUUGAUGAGAAUGGACGAGUCAUUCAUUUCAUGUCUCUGGAGGAAGCUGAUAUGUUGAUCAGAAAGCGUGCUAAGCAAAGUGAUAUUGCUGCAAAUUAUGUCAAGGUGGUUGAUGAGGAGGACCAUGAACCAUCUUUGAACGGAAAGGGGCACCUUAAUGGGUACGCUGCUUCUUUUCGAAACGGUUUGGGUUUUAAUAAUGGAAAUGGUAUUUGUUCUGGUGAGCAAGGGUUUGCUAUUGGUGGUGAAGAGCGAUUAAGCAGGUCAAAUGGCUAUCUUUCUGAGUUGGCUGCAGCUGCUUAUGUAUGCCAUGGUGGUGUUCAAAGAGUUCAUAUCAUAGAUGGUACAGUUGAUGGAUCACUGUUAUUAGAAUUGUUUACAAGAGAUGGUGCUGGGACAAUGAUUGCGAGGGAUGUUUAUGAAGGAACAAGAAUGGCGACGGAGGAAGAUCUUCCUGGCAUAAGAAAACUUAUCUACCCACUAGAGGAAUCUGGUGUUUUAGUGCGAAGAACAGAUAAAGAGCUUCUUGAAGCGUUGUAUUCAUUCUAUGUUGUUGAAAGAGAUGGUUCAGUCAUUGCAUGUGCUGCUCUCUUUCCAUUUCCCGAGGACAAAUCUGGUGAAGUUGCUGCAAUUGCUGUAUCUGAAGAAUGCCGAGGAAGAGAUUACAUUGAGAAGGAGGCAUUAUCCCUUGGUCUUGGCAGACUAUUCUUGCUUACUACACGGACAGCCGAUUGUUUGUGCGACGUGGCUUCUCAGAGUGUUCGAUUGAAUCUAUUCCUGAGCAGAGAAGAAAACGCAUCAAUCUGUCACGUGGAUCAAAAUAUUAUAUAA